AUGCGACGAACACAGUCACCGGAACUGGCCGUCACCGGUUUAUCGGAGAAUCUUCAAGGAAGUAUCUUCCGUGCGGUGAAACGAGCCAUUGUAAUCGGAAACGGCUGCGCCGGUGCGGAGAGUCAGUGCAUCGGCCUUGUUCGAUCUUUAGGCCUCUUCGAUCGUCACCUCUACUAUAGUGUCGCUAGACCAAGAGGUGGAAUCAAUAGAUGGCUUCAGUGGCUUCCUAUCUCUAUUCACAAAAGGAUUUAUCAUUUCAUCAAUCAUAUCUGUGCCGGAUUCUCCAUUAAAGCUUCUGGAAUCACGGAUGUGUUUGAGGUAGCUGAUGCAAAGCAGAUUGCUGCUUUAGCUCGUAGUACGUUUGACAAGAAUGGCCCGUUGUUAGUGGUAGCAUCUGGUAGUGAUACUAUUUCCGUCGCAAGCUCCAUAAGACGACUAGCUAUGGAACAUGUCUUUGUUGUUCAGGUGCAACAUCCAAGGUCGCGUCUGGAGAGAUUUGAUCUAGUGAUCACACCUCGUCAUGAUUAUUAUUCUUUAACACCUGAAGGGAAGAGACAAAUUCCUUUCUUUCUCAGGCCAUGGGUAACUCCACGUGAACCUCCAGGUAGAAAUGUGUUUCUCACUACUGGCGCUCUUCACAACGUGGACGCUUCUACUCUGAGAAUUGCUACUGUGAAAUGGAAGGACGAGUUUGCUUCGCUGGCAAAGCCUUUGGUUGUAGUCAAUAUUGGAGGACCUACAAGGAACUGUUUGUAUGGUGUUGAUCUUGCUAAGCAAUUGUGUGGUAUGCUUAAGAGUAUCCUCUGGAGCUGUGGAAGCCUAAGAAUAUCUUUCUCAAGAAGAACACCGAAGAAAGUUGCAGAAAUCAUAACUGGAGAACUGAGCUUGAACUCUAAGGUCUACAUAUGGGACGGAAAAGACCCUAAUCCGCAUUUGGGGCAUCUAGCUUUAGCCGAUGCUUUUAUCAUAACUGCUGACUCUGUAAGCAUGUUGAGCGAGGCAUGUACCACUGGUUCUCGACACAGGAAACCUGUGUAUGUUGUAGGUGCUGAACGGUGUACAUGGAAAUUCUCUGAAUUCCAGAGGACCCUCCAUGAAAGAGGAGCUGUUCGACCUUUAACCGGCAAAGAAAAUAUGUCUGAGAAGUGGAGUUACUCUCCUCUUAACGAUAAUGCAGAAGCUGCAAAGCGUGUGAUUCAAGAUCUGGCUGAGCGUGGAUGGAAGAUUGAGGCAUGA